GUCGCGGCCGGGGUUCGCCCCUUCCCGCGCCCGCAGCAGGGACAGGAGAACGUGCCUCCCAAGGAUGGGCUCGACCCGACGAAGCAAAAGCAGGCUUUCGGCUACGGCGAUGUUCUGCCCAAGGACGCCCCUGGGCUCGGCGACGCCAUGGCCCACCCGCCCGACACUCCCGCGCAGACCGCGAAGUACAUCUGGAAGGGUAUGACGAACGUGCCGAAGAGGAAGGAGAUCAUCGAGGGCUUCGGGUACCCUGGGCAGAAGCACAGCGCCGGGGGCAUCACGACCGUCGGUCGCAUCUACUACGGCCCCGGCCGCUACGACUACGGGCGUCCGGUGAUGCCCAAGGGCUGGUUCCAGAAUUUCUUCUACGGGUUCUGGGAGUUCGGCCACCUCAUGUUCGUGGUCGAUCGUUGGAUCGCAAUUCGCCAGCUUCGCCACUUCCUCGGCAUCAUGAUCUGUUUCGUGCCCUUCUGGAUCCAGAUGCAAUGGAACGUGCAGAUGUGGGAGGACUUCAAGAAGACGCACGCGAACUGA